AUAGUCCUCCACUCCUUUGGACUUCGGGUUGUCCUUGUCCUGGCUUUCUCUCCGCUUCUUAGGUCGGACUUUUAUUUUCUUUCUUCCCUUCUUUUUCUAUUUCGAGGGUUGCUUGAUUCCCUUCUUCUUUUCUUUCUUUUACCUACUGGGUUGGUCUCGGUACUAUUAUCCUACCCUUCCUUACUCUCCUUACUCCUCCGUUACACUUCUCCCUUUCUCUUGCCUGGAAUUGAAGACGGAGGGUUCAUUGUAUACCGUCCGACCCUUCCAGAGUUGAUUUUGAUUGCUGGUCGACCAACCCGCGCAUUCCCGCUGUCUGCGAUCGAACUCCACACUCUCCCUCCGUCGCUACCGAAUCAACAACCCCGUCCUGGUCUGCCCAUGACCUUUCGGAUCGCAACCUCCCCCAGAUCCUCGAAUGCAUACUAGCACCCAAACUUUCUAACAAUCCGCUGUCGUUUCGCGUGGCUCCAUGAAUGCUCCGUCAGGGACCAUGUCACCUGUCUCUAUCGACGGCAGUGACUGGUCGGGAAUAAAUCAAUACCAGAAGCCGGAUGCGCCCUUCUCCCCGACAUUUUCGAACCGCAGCAACCUGGCGACCCCUCCGACCUCCGGUGCGUCCGGUGCCCCCAACAGUACUGGACCGUCCGAUACCUCCUCUGCCCCGUUAAGCGACUCUGGAAACCCGUCCCCACCUAGCUCGGUGGCCGCGCGGUCUAGCGAUGGCACGCUGGGGGACCACCGCAGCAGGCGCCAUCGCCAAGUAGAAGAGAUUCUAGGACAGCAUUAUUCAGUCUUGAGGAGGUUCCUGAACGCCACAUUUCGCGAUGAGCGGAAUCCCAAAAAAUCAAGCAAGGCCCAGGACAAACUCCUGCGGUUGUCCGCGACCCAAUUCCACGAGUUGAGUACCGAUGUUUACGAUGAACUGCUCCGCCGACAGCAGGCCAUGCCAGCUCCCAAUCGGCCACCUCGCCCCGACAUCCCUCCCUUUCUUCCUCCCCGAGGGGAUUUUCACGAAAAGCGCAAUCAGGCCCGCCAGAAACUCGCGUCGCUUCAGCACCAACGUUUCAGAGAUCUCGCCAAUGAUGUCUUUUGUGAGCUAGAGAGGCGAUUCCCCCAGUUCCCCGAGAAGGAGUCUCGCCGCGCGAGUCCCGCACCCAGCCUUCGCGGACACCCGCCAAAUGGGUACCCUCCUCCUAAUGGCUAUGGCCCUGGGGGCUACCCUCCUCCCCCGGGCAGUCAUCGCUCACAAUCGCGAGGUCCACCUCGAAUGGGAAGAGGUUACCCAUCUGGUGGCCCCCCAGGAAGUCCCAUGGGUCCUUAUUCUCCUCGCAAUGUAUCUGUAGGCGGUCCACCACCGGGCAUGAAUGGAGAAGGCCCCACCGCCAAAUCCUUUCAGAGUAACACAAUCGUCCCCAAUAAGAGUACAAUGGUGGAGGAUGAUGAUGAUGAUGGUCCUGGCUUGGAAGAUGAUUAUGAUGCACGAAGCGAUGCUUUUGCCUUGGAUGCAGUUUUGCAGAGUCGACGCGGAACCGCAACAACGUUAGGUGACCACGAGAGGAAAACUUUGACAGAGGCGCAUACACAAGUAUCGACGCUGCAGGACAGGGUGAGCCAGCUGGAGGAGCUGCUCAAAUCCAAGGAUGAUGAGAUUGCCAAGUUCCAGGAUGACCACCAAAAAGUGGACGAGCUCGAGGAGCUCUUAAAAUCAAGGGAAGAGGAGAUUUCGAGAUAUCAGGAAGAGCAGGACAGAUCCCAGAUAAGCGAGAUUGAACGACAAGACUGGGAGGACAUCAAGUUGGAGCUUGAAAGUAAAAUAUCCAAAGCAGAUGAUCUCAACGGCUCCCUGCAGCUGGAGCUCGAAAAGGUCCGGACAGAACACGACGCUGUACAAAGGGAUCUUCGGAGCCAAAUUGAAAACCCCUCUCGACAGAGCACUGGAGAUAUUGAACUGCAGGCUCAGUUCACCGACCUCCAACUCAAGCACAGAGGGCUGGAAGCUGAGCUCCGCGAGCAACAGCAGGUGACAGAAGAAGUUCGAAGAGAGGCAGCCGGUUUCUUGCUGGAGAUGAGGGCGUUGUCGGAACAGAGUCACUCGAGAUACGAAGACGAAGAACGGCUCUCUGGCGAAGUUCAUCGACUGGAAGAAGAGCUCAAACUUUGGAUGAGUCGAUAUGCCAAAGCAAAGACCCAGCUACGCCACCUGCGAGCAUCCUCGGCUGGUAUCUCAGAGUUGCGCCCCGAUGGCAAUACCCUCGCUAAAGAGAACGAGUUCUUGACGGAUGAUGGUCUCAUCAAAGAUGUUCAUGUGACGAAGUUUCAGAUUUCGAUCGACGAGCUGCUUCGUGUUGCGCGGUUGGACGACCACCAAAUUGUUAUGCAGCAGAUCAAGCCUGUUGUAAUUGCCGUGCGCCAUAUUCUUCAUGACGUUCAAAUAGCUCAACAUUCUGAAGAGCCAUCUGCCUCAUUUACCAGGGCUACCCGCAAAGUGUCUGCGACCGCAAACAACCUGAUUACGGCGUCUAAAAACUUUGCCAGUUCAAGUGGCCUCUCCCCCCUAUCUCUUUUGGAUGCUGCUGCCUCACACCUGUCCACUGCUGUCAUUGACCUCAUUCGCCUUGUGAAAAUCCGACCCACCCCCGCCGACGAAUUGAAUGAUGAUGAUGAUGAUGAUGAUGGUGAUGAUGAGCAGCCGGCACAAAUGAAAUCACCCGAUUACUUUAGCGUGGCCCCGAGCCAAAGCAGAUUUAGUAAUAACGGGUCUGUUUACAGCGCUAUGAGUCCUCCCCCAGACGCAGAGCAUAUUACCAAUGGUUUAGGCAUGAACCAUACCUAUAUGCAACCAGAAGACCAUGAGCUUCAGGAGCUGAAGCUUUACGUCGAGGACCAAGCAGAUGGCCUAGUCCAAUCAAUCCAAGCUCUGGUUGCUAGUAUCCGCUCAGAGGAAGGCAUGACCACGAUCCGCACCCAUGUAUCUGCCAUUGCGUCCAUCGUUACAAAUGUCUCUUCCUCUACCGAACAUUCCAUCCACAAACCCGAGGCUGACCCAACACUUCGACAACGUGCUGGGGUCACCAUUGAAACACUUGAAUACCAUAGGAGCCGUCUGGUCGGAACCGCAGCCGAGGGUGAAGGGGUUUCUGACCCUGAACAGAUCCGGGCAUUUACCAACCAGCUGCCACCUAUUGCCUUUGAGAUUGCGCGCGAGCUCAAGGAGCUUGUGCAGCGUUUAGAAGCCACAGAUUAUGAUGAUCCUGAGAUGGACGACUUUCGAUAAACGUGAAUAUACCACCAGGGUAUAACCAUCAUAAUUGAUAUGUCCUUUGUUAAUCUCUUCG